CUCAGGCAGUCUGCAGUGUAUAAAAGCACUCUCCACUCAGGGUUCUUCCAACCUCAGCUCUUCAUUCGUUCUCAGUGAAUUUGGUUGAGCUCCAUCCCUACAAGAUGUCUUGCUACGACCUGUGUCCCACCUACAACAGUGGCAUCAGCCGUCCCCAGCCCAUCGCUGACAGUGGGAACGAGCCCUGUUUCCGGCAGUGCCCUGACUCCGUGGCCGUGAUCCAGCCACCCCCAGUUGCUGUCACCUUCCCUGGCCCCAUCCUCAGCUCCUUCCCCCAGGAUUCAGUUGUGGGAUCCUCCGGAGCACCCGUCUUUGGGGGUUAUGGGGGCUCCCUAGGCUUUGGGGGCUCUUCCCUGGGCUAUGGGGGUCUGUAUGGCUCUGGGGGCUCUUCCCUGGGCUAUGGGGGUCUGUAUGGCUUUGGGGGCUCCUCUCUGGGCUAUGGGGGCUUGUCUGGCUAUGGAGGCUCCUCCCUGGGUUACAGGGGCCUGUCUGGCUAUGGUAGAUCCUUCGGUUCUGGCUAUUGCAGCCCUUACACCUACCGGUACAACAGAUACCGCCGUGGAAGCUGCGGGCCCUGCUAAAUCAUGCAGUAAUGUUCCCUGCUUGAUAGAGAACCGGGAAAUGAGUGAUAUGACCUCGAUCCUCAACUGGGCUCCUGAGUAAGGGGCAGAACAUCAAAACUUUCCGCUUAAUGCAGUGGAGUCAGAAUAGCUCCAUAAAUGACCUUCUUCUUUUCUCUUUUCAUUUCCUUUUCUAUCACGUGUUUCAUAUCCUCCUGUUUGCCCCUACUAGUGGCCAACUCUGUGACUCCAGUGCUGCCCCCCAGGGCCCUUUCUUGGCCCUGUGCCGGCCACUGCCUGGGAGAAGCCUGAAGGAAGAACGCCUCUCUGGAAGCCCCAGGCACCAGCUGUCUGCCUGGGCCUUGCUCGCGUCUCUGUGCUUGUGUCCUUUCCUGCCUUGACAAUAAAGCAAGCCUGCAUCCAA